AUGGACGAUCAUCAGAAAACCCUCGAAGAAUUACUAUGCAAACAUCGAAAAGAGAAAAAAGAGCUCCAAGCUGAGAUCCAGAAAAUUAAACAUGGUGUUCCUAAGGGUGACAAAAAGCGAAAGAAAGAGGCAACAGAACAAGUGGCUAAACUGGAAAAAGAACUCGGUGAGAAACAUAACAAGGAAUUAGCAGAGCUUAAUGAGUCCACUUCACAAGAAAAACCAAACAAUGAGUUAGAAACAAAAAUGGAAAACUUAAGCACAAAUGAUGCAGAGACAACAGAAGUGAAGAAAUCCUCGAAAGCUCAAAGAAGAAGGGAGAAAAAGGUGGCACAGGAACGAGAGCGGCAACAUCGUAUUAAAGAACAAGAAAUUAAGAAUUUAGAUGGAGUGCGUCAUAUUGAAACUGAAAAACUAAAGAGUAUCUUGAAGAAACUUGGGUUAACAUUUCACCAGAUUGCUUCAGAUGGAAAUUGUUUAUACAAUGCAGUUUGCCAUCAACUAUCUCAGCGUAAUAUCAAGGCUACAAAUGAAAGCCUUCGUUCUGAAGCUGCCAAUUAUAUGCUGGCUCACCCAGAUGACUUUAUGCCCUUCCUGACAAAGCCUGAUGGAGAUUCUCUCUACACUGAAGACGAGUACAAGAAAUAUUGUCAGGAUGUUGCUUCCACAACUACUUGGGGAGGUCAGAUGGAAAUUACAGCUUUAUCUCAUGUUUUGAAGCUUCCGGUCAAGGUAAUUCAAGCUGAAGGAGCUAUCUUACAAGUUGGAGAAGACUAUAACCAAUCUCCUAUUGUCUUAAUAUAUCAUCGUCAUGAAUAUGGCCUUGGAGAACACUAUAAUUCAGUAAAAGAAGCUGUGGCAGAAAAUGAAGAGGAUGGAUUCUGA